AUGGCCGACGCACCCAGCACAAACAAGGCCUUCGUGCCUCUAGAGAACAACCCAGAAGUCAUGUCCCACCUAAUCCACCAACUCGGACUUCCUCCCUCCGUCGGCUUCACAGACGUCUACUCGAUCGACGAGCCGGACCUACUCGCCUUCGUACCCCGCCCCUCCUACGCCCUCCUCCUCGUCUUCCCCGUCUCCCCCACCUACGAAGCCUCCCGCACCACCGAAGACACGCCACUCCCCGAAUACACAGGCUCCGGGGCCUCGGAACCCGUGAUGUGGUUCAAGCAGACGAUCCGGAACGCCUGCGGGCUCAUCGGCCUCCUGCAUGCCGUGUCGAACGGCGAGGCGAGGAAACACGUCCUCCCCGGUUCGGAUCUGGAGGGUCUCCUGCGUGACGCGGAGCCGCUGGGCCCCGUGCAGCGGGCGGAUCUGCUAUACGAGAGCAAGGCGUUGGAGAGCGCGCAUGCCGACGCGGCGAAGUUGGGGGAUACCGCGGCGCCGGAGGCCGAGGAUAAUGUGGACUUGCACUUUGUGGCGUUCGUGAAGGGCGAGGAUGGUCGGUUGUGGGAGCUGGAUGGGCGUCGGAAGGGCCCGUUGGAGCGCGGUCAGUUGGCGGAUGAUGAGGAUGCGUUGAGUGAGAAGGCGUUGGAGCUGGGUGUGCGUCGGUUCUUGGGCGUGGAGGCCGCUGGGGGGAACCCGGAUUUGCGAUUUAGUCUGGUGAGCUUGGGGCCGGUCUUUGAGUAG